AUGGCAAUGAGCCCUGUACUGUCGGAGUUCCUGAGAGAGCUCCCAGGCUGGUUCCUGCUCUCUGGCAUCUUCCUGCCCGUGACUUUGCUGCUGUUCCUUCUCAUUGCCUACUUCAGGAUCAAGCUGAUGGAGGUUAAUGAAGAACUGUCACCGACUCCUGAUCGCCAACACAAUCGUAAGGCUAGCUCUUCCUGGUACCAGAGAGAGAAACGGACGUGA